UGAACCAACUUACCAUUGCAUUGUAUCAGAUUUAGUUGGUUUGUAUUUUUGUCAGUUACCAGAUGCACAGCUGCAAUGUGAAAGAUGGUUUGAACCACCAUAUGAUGAAAUGGUAGCAUAUCAUCUCAGAGCUAUUUGGGCUGUGGCCAAUGGUGAUUAUGUUGAAGCACGAUCUUCCCAAGCAGUUGUUGUCCAGUCUUUCACCCGUGCUUUUCAAAGUCAAAAAGAUGAAAACUGGGCAUUGCCAUUAAUGAAUGUUGUCACAUUAGAUCUGAGACUUUUUGCCAUGCAGGCAGACAAGCAGCAAGUAAGAAAGGGACUGGGCAAACCUGGAGAAAUGUUGGAGAAGGCGGCAGAAGUAAUGAUGGGGUGUUUCAGGGUCUGUGCAAGUGAUAGUCGUUCAUCACUUGAGGUAUCCAAGAAGUGGGGCAUGCUUGCACUUGUAAAUCAUUUAUUCAAGAUCUAUUUCAAGAUCAAUAAACUUCACUUGUGCAAGCCUCUUAUCAGAGCAAUAGACAGUGCACCCAUAAAAGACCAGUUUAAACUGGCUCAUCUGGUUACAUACAGAUACUUUGUAGGAAGAAAAGCUAUGUUUGCAAUCCUAAUUUAUCUCAUACCAGUGAAAAUGCUUCUGGGCUACAUACCAAAAGAGGACUUGCUUUUUAAGUACAACCUAAACCAGUUUGUUGAUGUGGUUAAAUCUGUCAGAAUGGGAAAUCUUGCACUUUUAAACGAGACUCUAGAGAGAGAACAGGGUUUUUUUAUCCAGUGUGGUGUUUACCUUAUUCUGGAGAAGCUAAAGAUUAUAACAUAUAGGAACUUAUUCAAGAAAGUGGCUCUUCUGCUGAAAACUCACCAGUUAUCUUUGGGUGCGUUUGUUGUGGCUCUCAGAGCUAUGCAGGUUGAAGACAUAGACGUUACCGAGGUUGAAUGCAUCGUAGCAAACCUGAUAUACAUGGGUUAUAUCAAAGGCUACAUAUCUCACCAACACCAGAAAUUGGUGGUCAGCAAACAGAAUCCAUUCCCAGCCUUGACUAGCUUCCUGUAGUCAGUCAGAACGUGCGUUACACCAGCGUCAAGUAAACUUGAUAUUCAUCGUGCAUUCAUUCACCUGGACAUUGCUUCAUUGCUGACUCACUCGGCAAAGCAAGAGUUUGCUGGUACCUUUUUGUUGAAGUACAGCAAAGUGCGGAAAGUCUCGGUGUAUUCCGACUGACUGUCAUUCACUGAAACUUCAAGAACUAAAGAUGAAGAAGAUGUGCAUGUUUUAGGGGCCAUUACUGUUACCAGGGCCACUUAAACAAAUUUGACCAAUCGCAUUGCGGGAAGCGAGUAAUGGUGGCAACUUCUGGACUGUUCUCAUUGUGUACAUAUGUACUUUUAACCAUUACCUUCGAAAUUUUUCCUAUGCCUACUAAAUCUCGACGUUAGUAAAUAUAUAUUUGCAGCA